AUGUCAAAAGCCUUUGACAGUAUAAACCGUGACAUGUUGUCUCGCAGUGUUUGGAGCAACACUUCGGCGAUAAACAUCCAUAAGCUCCAGCUUGUUCAAAAUUUUGCAGCCAGGAUUAUCUUAGGGCUUCGCAAAUAUGACUAUAUCUCUGCAGCGAAAAGUGAAAACAUCGACGUCGUCCGGAAAGAAUGUUACGAGAAAUACGAGGAGCAGUACAACAAAUUCGGUUUUCCUGUCUACGGCUUCGUGAUCCUGAAUUUCGUACUUAUUAUAUUUGUGUGUGUUAUCUACUCCCAAAUAUUAAGACCAACAGUCAAUCGACUAUCUCGAAGCAUUCGUAACGGUGAUUCAGAGAGACAAGAGAACGCAUUAUCAACGGGAUACAAGCUUUUUAUCGCUUACUGCUGUCAACUAUCGAUAAGACUUGUUUUAGGAAUUAUUUUCAUCAUCCUACAAACUCAGUUGCUUUAUCCUUUGAAGUUUUCCUCUAAGUUUAACUGUUAUUUAACCGAUGGAACCACUCAGCCAAGGAAUUCAUCUGACAACGCCCAAAACUCUACUUUACACGACUGUCACAAUCGACAAGCGGCAAAGAAAACCUCCUGGAUGGACGCUGUGCUUGUAGUGAAUGGGAUUUUUGUCACCGUCAAUCUGAUUGAAAUCGUCUACAUUUCUUUUCGGGCAUGCAGAAAAAGGGGUUUCAUGCAGAAGUUUCAAACAUCUCAUCUAAAUCCUCCCGAAGAAUCUGUGCAGCAAGAAAGAACACGACUUUUCAACAUUCCGCAUGGAAUUCAGCAGCAAGAAAGAACAGAACCUGAAACAAACAUCCCACAAGAACUUCACCCGGUAGAGGAAAGUAAAGACCAUGAGACAAACAUCCCACAUCUGCCAAGCGGGCCUGAACAACUCUUAAAACCACUUCAAGAAUUUAUCCUGAAUACAAAGAAAAUGAUUAUAGACGACACUUAUCAACUUCCACAACUCCAGUCGCUUUGUUCAAGUCCUCCUGGCAAAGGACACCCACCUAAACAUUUGACUCUGGAUCAGAUUUACACAAACCUUGUUGUUGUACCUGGCAUGGCUGAUAAUGACUUUACUGAAGACAGACGGAAGAAUUUGGAAAUUUACACCAGGUCGGUUGAGAAAAACGAAAGACCGAGAAAGCUAGAGGACAUUCUUAAUCACGAAAACAAAAACGUUUUGAUUGUCGGUCGUCCCGGAAUCGGAAAGACACUUUGGUGUACAAAAAUUCUCAGAGACUGGGCAUCUAGCAGAGUAUUCCAUAAAACACCCGAUAACAAAAUCCACUUUGAUGCUGCUUUCUUCGUCGAAUAUGGAACAUUAAACACAUCAACCGACCUUAGCCUCAAGGAGCUACUGGUUCGCUCCACUUACUCUUUCAGCAAUCAGCUGGAUGAGGAAGUCUGGAAUUACAUCCUUGAAAACCCCCAGAGAGUUCUACUUAUUUUCGAUGGAAUCAAAUUUAACUCAAAGGUCAGCACGGAAGAUAAUGAACCUCAAUUCAGAAACAGCGUAGACGAGAAGAUGCCGCUCUCCGCCCUUUAUGCCAAGCUUGCGACUGGGAAACUUCUUAACGGAGCUGCUGUUAUGACUACUACCAGAUCUACAGCUCUGUCAUGCAUCGAAAGUAUUCCUUUUGACAAAGUCUACGAGGUCCAUGGCUUCUCAUGCGAACAAGUCGAAGAAUACGUAACCAAAUUUGCUGGAGAAGACAAGGAAGCAGGCGAAACACUAAAGCAACACAUCACCAGCAACAUCAAUAUCUUAUCUCUAUGCUACAUUCCUGCGUAUUGCUUCAUCAUUUGCUCAAGUCUCUUUCGAAUGGUGAAGAACUAUGGUUCUAAAAGUCUUAGCCUACCAACAAGAUUAGCAGACAUAUACAAGAAAGCCGUGGAAAUGUUCUACUUGAGACACAACGAAGAAUUUCGCAAUAAACAUUUCACUCGCAAAGACUUUGAAUCAGAUUAUUUGCCCCCUGAAGAGGAAAAGAAACUCCAGAAACUGGAAAAAAUGGCAUUCGAGGGAAUUACGGAAGGAAGGCUAAUCUAUGCAGGAAACGAAGUACGCGGAAUGGAAGACGGCGCUCUAUUUCACCGCUUACCCGACAGUGAACUUGACCUACUUAAUGGAGAAGGACAGUUCUGUUUCAUUCAUCUUACAGUGCAGGAGUUUUUCGCUGCAAGGCACCUAACAAACAUGAGUGAAACAGAGUUAAGAAACUUUGUCUCCGAGAACUUCAAAAAAGGCAAAUGGCAGCUGGUUUUUCAGUUUCUUGCAGGACUGAUGGAGGAUACACAUCACCUACCAAGCGAAGUUAUCCCUGACCUUCUUCCUGUGCAAACUGAAGAGAAAGAAAGCGAAUACUACAACGAACAGUGGACAGAGAAUGACGAGCCAAGGAAAGUGACCAGCUGGCCGCCUAGAGACGAACGAGAUUUUACGUUGACAUUAAUUACAAGUAUAAACGAAAAUAAUCCCAUGAAGUUUGUAACACAGGGAAAACUUCAACAAAUUAAAUUUGAUUUUGUAAAUUUUAAUUUUUGUCACCUCACGGCUGUUGAUUGCUCUUCUUUGGUAAAUGUGAUUGGGAAUGUUCAACACAUUUCACAUUUAGAUUUGAGUUUCAAUAACAUUGGUCCAUUAGGUUGUUUAGAGAUUUGUAAAUUGUUAAAAUGUAGAGAAUUUCAACUAAGCUGGUUAAACCUCGAAGAGAAUCAAAUGACAGAUGAAGGAGUAGAAUAUUUAGCUGAAGCCAUCAAUAACAACAACUGUCAGCUACGCACGUUAUACCUCAGAGCAAAUAAAAUCUCAGACAACGGAGCUCAACACUUGGCUGAGGCCAUCAACAACAACAACUGUCAGUUGCGCGCGUUAACCCUCUCAGCAAAUAAAAUCUCAGACAUUGGAGUACAGCACUUGGCUGAAGCCAUCAACAACAACAACUGUCAGCUACGCAUGUUAAACCUCUUAUACAAUAGUAAUAUCACAGAAGCAGGCAAGCAACACGCACGUAGUUUACAAAGCAAUAGUCAGUCUAAGUGUAAGCUUAUUCUUUAGGCCUCCUCAAAUUCCAAUUAAUAACUGAAAAGAAAUUAUUUGAACCACUCAAAAAAAACUGUGAGGUGACUAGCUCAGUGACACAAAUCAAAACGUGAAUGAGAGCCAACUAAAUCUGUGAAGCGCUUAGAGCAAAGAGAUUAUUUGAACCGGAUCAAAAUGAAAGA